CCUAAACUGCGCAGGAAAUGUAAUACUGACUAAUUUCGGCUCAGUUUUUAAUCAACGAGUAGAGGAUUCUGUCCAUUCCUACAUCCAUUAGUCUAUUACUAUGGAAGACGAUGCUCCUGUUAUAUAUGGACUAGAAUUUCAGGCACGUGCAUUAACAGCUCAGAUAGCUGAAACAGAUGCAAUUCGUUUUCUUGUUGGAACACAGUCACUGAAAUAUGAUAACCAGAUUCAUAUCAUUGACUUUGAUGAUGAAAAUAACAUUAUUAACAAGAAUGUUCUGUUGCAUGAAGCAGGAGAGAUAUGGCACAUUAACGCAAGUCCUGUAGAUAAAAGUGUCUUUACAACAUGUUACAACAAAACUUCAGACAGCAAAGUGGUAACAUGUGCAGCUGUGUGGAGGAUGCCGAAAGAAUUGGAAUCAGGCAGCCAUGAAUCCCCUGAUGAUUCAUCAAGCAACCCUCAGACCCUAGAGCUGCUCUGUCACCUUGACAACACAGCCCACGGCAAUAUGGCUUGUGUUCUCUGGGAGCCGAUGAGUGAUGGGAAAAAGUUGAUUUCUCUGGCUGAUAAUUACCUUCUGCUGUGGGACUUGAAGGAGAGCACCACUAAAGCUGUGAUUUCUAGUUCCACAACACUUGAAGGAAAGGGGCAGCUGAAGUUCACAUCUGGUCGAUGGAGUCCCCAUCACAAUUGCACGCAGAUAGCAACAGCUAAUGACACAGCAAUCCGAGGCUGGGACAUAAGGAGCAUGAGUCAAAUAUACUGUAUAGAAAAUGCUCACGGACAGCUGGUGAGAGAUUUAGACUUCAAUCCAAACAAGCAGUACUAUCUGGCAAGCUGUGGAGACGAUUGCAAAGUUAAAUUCUGGGAUAUUAGAAAUAUAAACGAACCUGUGAAGAGCCUAGAAGAACAUUCCCACUGGGUCUGGAGUGUGAGGUACAACCACUCUCAUGAUCAACUGGUACUGACCGGUAGCAGUGACAGCAGAGUCAUUCUUUCAAAUAUGGUGUCCAUAUCUUCUGAGCCUUUUGGCCAUAUUGUGGAUGAAGAUGAACUGAGUGACCAAGAAGACAAUCAUCAAGAUGAGAAAAUCAAAGAGCCGCUUCAAGAUAGCAUCAUAGCCACCUAUGAGGAACAUGAAGACAGUGUAUAUGCCGUGGAAUGGUCUUCAGCAGAUCCUUGGCUCUUCGCAUCUUUAAGCUAUGAUGGAAGGCUUGUUAUAAAUCGAGUACCAAGGGCACUGAAAUACCGUAUAUUGUUGUAGCAUUAUAAAAGCAAAAUUAUAAUAUGUUAUAUUUGGACAGGAAAACUGCAGUCAAAUAAAAUAUAUCAUUAUGCAACAG